AUGGGCAAGCAGGUCUUCUUCGACGUGACCUGGGAAGGUCCCGUUCUGCAGGACGGCAAGCCCACAACCACUGUGAAGGAGCAAUCCGGUCGCAUCACCUUUGACCUGUUUGACGACGUCGUCCCCAAGACUGCCCAAAAUUUCCGAUCUCUAUGCACCGGUGAAAAAGGCUUCGGAUACACUGGCUCCUCUUUCCAUCGCAUUAUCCCCGACUUCAUGUUGCAGGGUGGCGACUUCACCCGUGGUAAUGGUACGGGCGGAAAGUCCAUCUACGGGGACAAGUUUGCCGACGAAAACUUCAAGUUGAAUCACGACCGCCCCGGCUUGCUGUCCAUGGCCAAUGCCGGUCCUAACACCAACGGAUCGCAGUUCUUCAUCACCACCGUCCCGACCUCAUGGCUCAAUGGCCGCCACGUCGUUUUCGGACAGGUCGCCGACAAGGAGUCGAUGGAGAUUGUCAAGGCUAUUGAGGUCACUGGUUCUCAGAACGGCUCCAUCAAGCACUCGAAGCGCGCCACCAUCGCCAAGUCUGGCGAGCUGUAA